AUGAAGUUGGUUGCUAUGCAGCUCCUAGGGCUGUGGUUAUGCUUUUUGAUCAGCUCGGUUAAUGUUUCCGGCAAGCCAAACACCGUGGUUACUUUCUUUCAAUGCAGUCCCGACACGUACCCUGACGGAGACCCUUAUGGAGUCGCCGUAAAUCAGGCGCUUUAUAAUGUAGCCAAUAAGGCGGAGAUUGGUUCCGUUUAUUCUACCGUUAUUACUAGUAAUAACGGCAUCCCCGUUAUAGCUUCCGGGGGUUGUAAUGACAAUGCAAAUCUGACGGAAACGGAAUGCCGGACUUGCCUGGAUGCGGCCACCGAAGAUAUGUUUUCUCGUUGCUAUAAACAUAUGGGCAGUGCUGUUAAAUUGGUUGAUUGUCUCAUGGAUUAUGCACCUGUUUAA